CUCCCUCGCACCAUCCCACUUCGCGACAACAUGCCCUCGCUUCCCACUCCUGGUCCCUCUGUCUGGCUGGGUCAGAUCAGACUCGAGCACAUACUCGGUCACGGAUCGUUCGGACGGGUCUACUACGGCUACGAUGCCUCUCAAGGUCAAGCGUACGCCGUCAAGUGCAUACCAAAAAGAAGGGGCCAGUCCCCCGAAGAACUCGACAUUCACCGGUCACUUCCUUCACACCCUCACAUCUUGAACUGCAUCGCCGCCGACGAAGAUGAUCAUUAUCUUUACCUUAUCCUCGACUAUCACGCCGGCGGGGACCUCCUCGAAGCCAUCCGCAAAGGCAUAUUCUAUCGUAACGAUCAGCUCAUCAAGAAGCUGUUCCUGCAACUGCUAGACGCGGUAGACCACAUCCAUCAGCAGAAGGUUUUCCACUGCGACAUCAAGCCUGGCAAUGUUAUUUGCGCGUCCAAUCAUGCCAACGCCUAUCUAGCUGACUUUGGUCUUGCGACGAGGAGCAGCCGGAGCCCACGGGCAAGACGUGGUACCCUACGUUACAUGAGUCCUGAAUGCCACCAGCAUCAACCCGCCUCCCAGUCCGCCGAGGAUCCCAUGCCGGAAUGGCACUGGGCUCAUCAAAGCGACAUCUGGUCGCUUGGUGUUACUUUGCUCGAAAUGGUCACUGGGAAAUACCUCUGGACCGAAGCUAUUCCCAGCGACCCCCGCUACGCCGCAUACAUGGCGGAUCCGGAUUACCUCCGCCAAGAACUCCAUGUCUCCGCGCAAGCUUGCGAGCUGUUCCGCAAGAUAUUCACGCAAGACUACGAGACGCGCAUCACACUAUCUGAUCUGCGCGAGGCCAUCAUAUCGGUCAACACCUUCUUUGAGGACGUGCUAAGUGCACAUGGCCUUUGUGUUCGCGAUUUACCGAAGGGCACAUCCCCGCGCCGUGUACCUGGGCGAGACUUCUGCAAGAGCAUUGUGAAGCUGGUGCCAAAGGCGCAACGCCUUGUCAGACGCCCGCCGCCGAGGAGGUCGCGACACGAGCUCUCUAUCAGUUCGGACGAAGGCUACCACCACGACAUCCCGGACGAGCAUGAACAACCGCCCCGCCCCAGGGAAACUCAUCCACGGAGUGCUGAACCUCGAUUCCCCGAUUCCGCCCGCGGACCCAUGGCACAUGCACACUUCGUCUUACCUCCUCAUCAAUGCACUCGCCGAUUUCCGGUUCGAUGCCAGCCUCCCGCGGCAUCCAUUACACCACUCCCUGCGAAGGGCAGGCACGGCCCCUUGGCGAUCGUCACGGCGCUUUCGACGACGCUAUCUGACCUUGAUCUUCCUUCUACACCGGCAUCGCCUGCACAGUGGGCUUCUGGUCUAGAAUGCCCUGCGCUCAGCCGUGAUACCGACUCAGACACCGAUAGCGAAGCUGCUAUCACACCAGAAACUCGCCCAACACAUUGCGAUGAUGAAGUCUGCGAGCUCGUACUUGACGACCCCCUGGCAGGGAACGCGGUCAGGAAGCCCUCGCCAUACGCUACUCAAGACAAAGUUGUUACCACGGCAGGACCGUCCGGGAUCGUCAGGACUGUCGGACGUCUUCGGGCGCUCGUACACACCUGAUAGGGAUCGUCAUUUUAUGUCUCAGUCUUACUACAUCAAGGACAUUAGGUCUCGGACUGCACUACUGUAUCGUUAGCACGCUUCCAUUUGUAUUACUAGC